AUGUCGGAGCCAAAUAUAACCACCACACCCCUGCAAGAGUUCAAAGGUCAUGAAGAAAGCGUAAGGGCAGUCGCAGUUUUCCCCGACAAACGGCGAAUGGUCACAGCUUCGUACGACCGCACGCUUCGUAUAUGGGACUUGAAGAAAGGUGUUAUGUUGAAGAAGAUAGAGUGGCAUAGCGCUUGGGUGUCGGCCUUGGCAGUGUCACGAGAUGGGCAAUUGAUAGCAAGCGGUGACCUGCACGGAGUGGUCACGGUCUGGCACGGAGAAACAGGUGAACGACUCACUGGAAACAUCGAAAACUACGUCAGGUACACCGACUACAAUCGGAUCUUAUCGCUGGACUUUUCUCCUGAUGGAAAAGUGCUGGCCACUGGUUCAACAGACAAAACAUUGAAGCUGUGGUGCACCGAAACUUGGAAGCUGCUACUGGGAAGUUCAAUCCACUUUAGUGGUCACGUUGGCGAUGUUCAGUAUUCGCCAUCUGGAGAACUACUUGCCAUCGCAGCAUCCAAGGUCGAAAUUUAUAAUUCAAGCACGAGGGAACGCGUCGCAGAGUUGGAGGUUUACGCAACAUCCAUCGUGUGGACGCCCGAUGGCACGCGCCUUCUUUCAGCACGCAUUAGUAAAACCAUACUAGAGUGGGAUACAUUGACCUGGCAGCAGGUCGGUGAUCCCUGGACGACAGGCCACACGAACUAUAUCAAUGCCCUUGCUGUUGAUCCUAAUGGCACACUCGUUGCGUCCGGCGCAUCUGAUGACAUCCGUCUCUGGCGGCUGUCCGAUCGACAAACUGUUGCCACCUUCCAGCAAUCAUCGCAAUCCCUAGCUUUCUCCGUGGACGGCAAAUACAUCUUCAGUGGAAGUUAUUACACUGACAAUAACACGCUCACAAAGUGGGCAGUGGACCCAAAAGAUGCUUUGCAGGAGGAAGGUGCUUCUUACAUAAAUGAAGCCAUUUUAUUAUUCUUGAUUUUUAUUCCUCUGUUUUUAUCUGGCUAUUCUCCGGUUCAUUUGCUGCGCAUUCGUCAUCUCAUCUCGCGCAAGGACACUUUACCAAAGGACCCUCUAGACAAUAAAGUCACAAACAACUUUUAUUCAAGUCUCAAGUCUCAGAUUCCAAGGCAUGUUUCGAUGUCUCUGAUUCCAAGGCACGUUUCCAUCCUUGACUCUGCUCAUGUAAUUCAGACAUUCUUCAUGCCCCAGAUUUUCCCUAUCAAUACGACUGCCUACAAUGCAUGUAUCGCGGGGGAUCUGUCUACCGUUGAACAACUGUUUACACGAGAGAUAAACACCGAUGCCAACAAUUACGCCUCAUAUGCUAACCGCUCAUUCGUUAUGGCACGAAAAUGCGACUGGGACUAUGCGCUUCAGGAUGCAAUUGAGUCCAUCAGCAUUCAGCCAUCAUUGACAGGCUAUAUCUCCAAGGGCAUCGCACUAUAUGGAAGAGGCCACAUCCAGGGCGCGAGAAUAGCAUUUGACCUCGCGUCAACGUACGCGAACGAAGAUUCAAAGAUUAUACUUCUCUUGGCCAUCGCUAUUUUCAAUGCGGACCAACACGAAGAAUCAAUCAUAUUUGUGCGAGAGCUUGCUGCAACGUAUCCGAAUCACGACUCUCUUGCGUGUCGCGUCGUGGAGGCAUAUAUGCGUGUCCAACUCGGUGUCAAUGCCAUGAAUGACGCCCUUCCUAACCACGCUGCCGAUCAUUUCACUGCUGCUGUCCAGUCCAGCGCUCUCUUAUCUACAUCGACGAUUUAUCCUGCAUGCGACGACUUUGUAGUGCUCUUCGGAUGGGACCUAAAGUCCUUGUGGAAAAAUGCACACCAGAAACGAUGCGUUGCGCUCCGUCAGGCAGGCAGGCUUGCCGAAGCCCUGAAUUCAUACCGAGACAUGAUGGAUAAGAUUGACAACAAUACGAAGGCCGGCUGCCUUGACUGGUCCAAUGGCAAGUCUGAAGAAGAAUGCAGCGCGCUCUGCCUUGACAACGGACAUGCUGCCCUCGCUGCAGGCAAUUAUGACAGUGCUAUUAACCUAUUUUCAGCAGUGAUCAGCGUAAAUUCUGCAUCUGAUGCCGUCUUCGCAAAUCGUAGUAAGGCAAAGUUAGGGAAAAGACUAUGGACCGAAGCACUUCUCGAUGCACAGAAGGUCAUCCAACUGAACCCUUCGUCUCAUGUUGGAUACAAGUUGAAGCUUGCGGCGCUUCAAGGCGCACAUCGCUAUGAUGAAGCUAUCGCGGCCUUCCGAAUGAUGUUCGCCAAAUUGGAAAGUGCUCACGACGUGGUCAUGCAAGAUCUUCGCAAGCAGUAUGCUAGUCCAUAUGAAUCAGACGGUGUUAUCCGAAGGACCAUUGACCAACAACUCGAGAACGCCCCGCUUCGUCUACUCAACACUGCCACCGGGCUCUCAUGUGACCGUGAAGCACAGAUAAGCGCCUUCAAAACGAGCGCAGAACACAAUGAGCUUUGGCUAUCAUGGUCUAUGAAGCGCGCAGACAUCCGAAUGGAACACAUCACAGAAGCGGUGGCGACUUACUUCCGUUAUGUCAUGUUAUCCCAUAGAUGGCAAAGGAAGGAGCCGCUGCUGCAAGACAUCCAGGGCAAGAGUGUAUACAAGCUGAAUUUGCCUGGUGGCAUCGCGAAGUUGCAGAACUUCUGUGAAAUUGCUCGUGAUUUCGGUUACCGCUGGGCAUGGAGCGAUACAUGCUGUAUUGACAAGAGCAGUAACGUCGAGUUGCAACAAUCGCUCAACUCCAUGUUCAUCUGGUACCAACAUUCAGCGCUUACAAUUGUCUACCUCUGGGAUGUUCUGCCUUCAUCCAAGUCUGGUGCUCUGGAGAUGAGUGAGUGGAACAGACGAGGAUGGACCUUUCAAGAAUUCCUUGCUUCCAGAGUCGUUAUCUUUUAUCAGAGGGAUUGGACCCCGUAUCUCAGUGAUCGCUCUCGCAACCACAAAAAGUCGACUGCAAUAAUGAAGGAGUUGGAAGCUGCGACUGGCGUUGAUCGACAGGCCCUCGUCAACUUCUCCCCAGGGAUGAACGGCGCACGAGAGAGACUUCGAUGGGCGUCAAAUCGUGUUACAACGAUUCAGGAAGACAUCGCAUACUCGUUGUUUGGCGUCUUUGAUGUCCGUCUACCUCUAGAUUAUGGCGAGAAGAAGGCAAAUGCGCUCGGGCGUCUCCUGCAGGAGAUUAUUGCUCGGUCGGGUGACAUCACAGCCCUCGGUUGGGUCGGGCAAUCAUCCGAGUUCAACAGUUGUCUUCCUGCCGACAUUACCUCAUAUGCUUCCCUACCAUACGCCCCACCAUCUUUGUCUGAAAAUGAGAUCCAGACAGAGGUCUCUUCGCUGCGAACAAAUAGCGUGGCUGUGGAUUUGGCCUCGAAACUCUAUGCCCUGUUGAAAGGCAUAAGCGUUCCUCGCUUCGCAAGCCGCAGACUGCAUUUGCCUUGCAUCUCAUUCCCUGUCACGGAAAUCAGGCGUGGUCCAGCCCAAGAGACGCAUUUUCUUUAUAGAGUCAAAGCAGACGGGCUUCAAAACCUGCUGAUCACCACGAGCGAGACAUUAAUUCAAUUUUCCCGAGCACGGUCCACUCGACAAACGUUCCUCCUUGUCCGUCCAUGGGAUCGUCGUCUCCUCGAGCAACUUGACUUUACAGACGAUGAAGGCAGCGUAGGGGAUUUGUCUGAGCCCGGGUCUCAGUCAGACGAGUCUGACGAGUUGUCCGGUCGUCCGCCUGUAGAAGAGGAGGAGCAUCGCUCGCGAGCGUUACGAAUGAUGUUUCACCUUGGUCGGCCUUUCGGAGCAUUUUUGUUAGCGCAGCAGCGUGACGGAGAGUACAAGAGGAUCGCGUCGGACCAUAACAUCAUUGCACAAGUCAAAGAGAUAGCUUCCGUUGACAAUAUGGAUAUCAGUUCCAUAGAAAUACUGUAG